AUGAACUUCUUAAAAAAAGCAAUUAACUAAGUUUAGCAAGAACUUAAAGUAAUAUAGUAAAAAGGAAAACAAACAAUAGAGAAGAUAGAAUAAAAAAUUUAAGAAAAAGUAGAUAGCAAACACUAAUAUGAAAAGGAUGUAAUCUAAAUUAUAGAUCGUAUUUAUUGGAUGAAUUUCCCUACAUAAGAUAAAAUAGUAGGUCUCUCAAAAUAUUUAAAUGAAAGAUUCAAGCAAUAAUAUUAUAUUUGGAAUGUUUCUGAACAUAAAUAUGAAGUCUUCCCUUUCAAUGAGCAGGUAGCUGAUCACAAUAUGCCUGGUUAUCCUAAUCCUUCCUUGUAAGAGAUAUUUAUGAUUUGCAAAAGUGUGAUUUCAUGGUUAAAUAGUGAUCCAGAAAAUGUAGCUAUCAUUCAUUGCUAAAAUACACGUGGUAGAAGUGCACUUAUAAUAAGCUGCUUACUAUGCUUAAAUAAAACGUUUAAUCAUCCAGGAGAAGCACUAACUUUCUUUUGCAAAUAAACUAAAACCAAAGAUUUAAAGAUUCUAUUUCCUUCAUAGCAAUUAUAUUUAAACUAUUUUGCUAAUAUACUUAGUGGAGUAAAACUUAACAACAAGCCUCUAAAGCUUAAAAAAAUAAUAUUUAGUGAAGUACCAAAAAUAAUGAGAAAAGACGAAAAAGGAAAUGAAGAUAUUUCAUUUAGACCUUAUCUACAACUGUUUAAAGAUUCUCAAAUUAUUUAUAAUUCCCUAGGAUAAGGCAGAGUUGCUUCAUAUAGCUAAAAUGAUUUAUCGUUAUGGUUUGAUUUAAAUGGUGUUGAAGUAUAUGAAGAUAUUCUUUUUAGGUGCAAGCACUAUCAUUCAAAUUAGCUUAGAUAUCCAAUAUUUAGAAUGUUAAUACAUACUGGAUUUACUCACGACAAUGUUUUAAGAUUAUUGAAAACAGAUAUAGAUUUUACAUCUAAUGUUUAUGUUUCUGAUGGAUUCUUUAUUGAUCUUCUAUUUGAAGAAAUCGGAGCAAAUAAACCAAAUUAAAAUGAAAAUAAAUAGCAAAAUAAUUAGAUCAAAGAUUAAGAAGAAGAAGAGAAAAAGACCAAUUUAGAAAUUAUUGUCAGCGAGUGCCUUAGAAAAUUAAAUAAUGAAUAAAGCUAAACAAAUUAAUAAGAAGAAGAAGAUGAUGAACAUGAUAAAGAAAUUUAAAGAAUUUUGUAGAAAAGUACACUUGCUUCUAAUAUUUAGGAAGUACCUGCUGCUUCCUUUUCGAUCGGAGUACCAGAGUUUGGUUCUGCUGAAAAAUAAAAGAAAAAGAAUAGUGAGGAGGAAGAGGAAGUAAUUGAUGAUAAGAAAAGUGAUAGCCAUGCAGAAGAAGCUGAGGAUGAAGAUAAAUUAAAAAGUAAGGAGAAAGUAAACAAGCUUUUGUUUGAUGAUAUUGACGAAGAUUAAGAUCUUAAUCAUUAAGAAAUAGAUGACUAUCUUGACAAUUUAGAAAAAUCAGAUGAAGAAAAUUGA